AGACACAGUGAGACGCGGGGACCAUCAGAGCACCGGACUCUCCUGGACUUUACUGGGCCCCCUCACUCCUUCACUCCUUCACUGCUUCACUCCUUCACUCCUCACUCCUUCACUGCUUCACUGCUUCACUGCUUCACUGCUUCACUCCUUCACCUCAGGCGUCAGAAUGGGACUUCACAGCGUGGAGGAACUGGUGACCAGUAAAAGGUCAGAGGGCAAAGAAGGGGAUGACUUCCAAGGGGGCGUGUACGAGGCAGCCGUCAAUCAAGAGAAACACGAUGAUCGGAAGUCCCAUUGCGAGCUGGGAGUGGGCGGAGCUCUGUCAGAGGAGUGUGACAGCGGCAGUGAACAGGAGGAAGUCAGCGUUGCGGCGCUCAACACUGAUAAAUGUGGCAGACUGAAGCUGGAGACGGUCGACGACCUGUUCAACAUCCUGCAACUGAGGAAGAGGAGGAGAGAGCGGAAGAGCCCCGCCCACAAGAAGAGGCAGCCACAGCCUGAGACUGUGCCAGAGAUCGUGGACGAGGGUUUGUUCCUGUCUUCAGCUUCAGAGGACAAACUUCCUGUGGUGGAGAAAUAUCUGAGAGACGGAGGAGACGUCAACGUCAGCGACCAUUUUCAGAGAACAGCGCUGCACAAAGCUUCAUUCAGAGGAAACACGGACGUGAUGAAGACUCUGCUGCAGGCCGGAGCUCUGAUCGAGAUCAAAGACAAGCUGGAGGCCACAGCGCUGCACUGGGCCUGUAGGGGGGGCAGUCUGCCGGCUCUGCAGCUACUCCUGGACCAGGGGGCAAAGGUCACAUCCAGAGACAAGCUGCUCAGUACUCCUCUCCACGUUGCCGUGAGAACAGGACACUGUGAGUGCGCCGAACAUCUGAUUCACUGUGGAGCUGACGUCAACGCUAAAGACAGAGACGGGGACACGCCCAUGCACGACGCGGUGAGGAUCAACAGAUUUAAGAUGAUCAGGCUGCUGAUGAUGUAUGGAGCGAGUCUGAACACCAAGAACUGUGACGGGAAAACUGCGAUGCAGACGUUGCACUCGUGGCAGAACGGAGUGAAGAGUCUUCUGUGUCACGUCAACGACGACGACACAAACCGAACAAACUAAACAAGUGUUUUGUUAACCUGUCAUUAACCAGGGAAACUCUGCAGCACAUGUUGACUGACAGAUAUUGACUCCGCCCCCUCAGGAAAUGUUUAGCUUUGUCGUGAAGCGUUCAGGGACUGGAACCUUCGAGGCGUCUGCAGCAGAGCAGUGCGGCCUGGAAGGAGAUUAAUAAUGUGAAAUCUAAUCAGGUCAUUGAUAAUGUGAUUGAUAGAUUUAUUGCUGGACAAUGUCUUGGCCGACGACGUGAAGAUGUUUUUCUUAAUUGUUACUUUAAGUUGAAGUCAGCGUCACUGCAUCGAGAGGAUGAAUUUAUUUAUUGAUUAAUGUCAACGUGUCAAUCAUCGAUUGGUUUUCUUUGUUUAUUUAUUGAUUUUAAUACACUUUAAUAAUAACUGUGUGAGUUAUGUGUUGUUAUUUAAGUUUAUGUUGAAGAUGACUCCAGGUAGGUGUAAAAGGGUGGUGUCGUUAAACUGAGUUUAAAGGGAUUAUUUCAGUUUUUUUAUGUGGUUGUGCUGAGAUGAGAUCAGGUUUAUGAACGUUAAAGUCAACGUUGGAUGAAAGGACGUCUGAAGAGAGAUGAUGUGGCUUGAACAAGUGAUGAAUAAUAACCAGAAUUAUGAUUUUUUUUUAAAAUGGUUUUAUUGUAUUUUAAAAUGUUAGUGAAUGUUGCUUUGAAUUCAUGGAUUGAUUAUUGAAUAAAACAGAUUUUGAGUUG